GUUCCAAGACGGAGAUUCGAGCGGUGACUGCAGCAGUGACUACAGCCCAGGGUCCCGGUUGCCCAGCUUUGUGCUGCAAGGGAAAACACAUUUCCCAGAGAUGUUCCAGACCAGCCACCUUCUGUUCUACGAGCGCUUCCGAGCCUAUCAGGAUUACAUUUUAGCUGACUGCAAGGCCUCCGAGGUGAGAGAGUUCACGGCUGAAUUCCUAGAGAAAGUGCUGGAACCAUCUGGAUGGCGGGCGGUCUGGCACACUAAUGUGUUCGAGGUGCUGGUGGAGGUCACGGAUGUGGACUUUGCGGCUCUGAAGGCUGUGGUGAGGCUGGUGGACCCGUACCUCUGCGAGUCUCAAGUGAGCACCUUCACCGUGGAGUGCAUGAGGGAGCUCCUGGACCUGAAGGGACAGCGGCUGCCCCUGCAGGAGCUCUGGGUGGUGUUCGAUGGCUCUGGGGCGUUCGACCAGACUGCACUUGCAAUUGAGCAUGUCAGGUUUUUCUACCAGAACAUCUGGAGGAGUUGGGAUGAAGAGGAAGAAGAUGAAUACGACUACUUUGUCAGAUGUGUGGAACCUCGACUGAGGCUACACUAUGACAUCCUCGAGGACCGCGUUCCCUCCGGACUCGUGGCUGACUACCGCAGUCUGUUGUUGCAGUGCGAGGACAUCUACAGGAGCUUCCUAAACCUGAGGAGCAGCCUGUCGGCCUGCGACUCGGACUCUGAGCAGGAGAACAUCUCCAUGGUGGAGGGGCUGAAGCUGUACUCCGAGAUGGAGCAGCUGAAGCAAAAGCUAAAGCUCAUCGAGAACCCCUUGCUGAGGUACGUGUUUGGUUAUCAGAAAAAUUCUAAUAUCCAAGCAAAGGGUGUUCGUCCAAAUGGCCAGAAGGUCACCCACGUGGUCUCCCCCACCAUGAUGACGGGGCUGCUGCAGGCCCUGCUCAGGGACAGGCUCUGUCAGGAGCCUUGUCACGAGGACAUAGAGGUCCAGUUCCACAGUGACCCGUUGUCAGCUAUAAACUCCUGCUACGAAGGUGACACGGUGAUUGUCUGUCCUGGCCAUUAUGUGGUACAUGGCACCUUUUCCAUUGCCGACUCCAUUGAGCUGGAAGGAUAUGGUCUGCCCGAUGAUAUCGUGAUAGAAAAGAGGGGCAAGGGAGACACUUUCGUGGACUGUACGGGUGCAGAUGUUAAAAUCUCAAGCAUAAAAUUUGUUCAGCAUGAUGCUGUAGAAGGGAUUUUAAUUAUACACCGGGGCAGGACCACUGUGGAGAACUGUGUGUUGCAGUGCGAGACCACCGGGGUCACCGUGCGCACCUCUGCGGAGUUUGUGAUGAAGACCUCGGACUUGUAUGGGGCCAAGGGUGCUGGUGUAGAGAUAUAUCCUGGGAGUACGUGCACCCUGAGUGACAACGGGAUCCACCACUGUAAGGAAGGCAUCCUUAUUAAGGACUUCCUGGAUGAGCAUUAUGAUGUUCCCAAAAUAUCCAUGGUGCACAAUGUCAUACAUAACAACGAAGGCUAUGGUGUCGUCUUGGUGAAACCGACUAUCUUCUCUGAUCUGCAGGAAAAUGCCCGAGAUGGAGCUGAAGAAAAUAAAGCAGUUGAAACUCAGAUGAGUGGAGAGGCAGAUGCAGCCGGGAGAGUGGAGCUGGAGGAGCUGAUUGAGCGCACGGCUGGGAAAGCAGGGCUGUGUGUGAGGCCCGGCCUCUCUGAGCAGGUCGAAGGGAACUGUGAGAUUGUCAGUGAACUCGUUGCUGCCUCCACACAGAAAGGCCAGAUGAAGAAGAAAAGGUUGAGUGAGCUGGGGAUCACACAAGCUGACGACAACUUGAUGUCCCAGGAGAUGUUUGUCUCCAUUGUGGGGAACCAGUUCAAGUGGAACGGGAAAGGCAGCUUCGGCACCUUUCUGUUCUGACGAGGUGAUGUGGACAGACAGCAAAUCCUGCUUCUGCACACGCCGCCCCAAGAGCCACGGCCGCCGCCGCAGCCACUUCCUGCUAUGUCAUACUUGACGGGCUUGACUGGGCUCGAUGAAAUACGCACAGAGAACACUCCCUCUUUAUAAAAAAGGCGAUAAAAUCAUGUGAAAUAGAGAAUACUCAGAGAUUCCGAUCUAGAAAGUCUUGCACAGUUCUCUGAUAUUGAGCCUGUUGGUAACUUCCUGGUGUGAAUACGCUUUAACCUGCACUUUCGAAGGGGGAGCAAGUUGGGGAGCGCAGGACAGUGCGCGAAGGGACAACGCUGCCGAAUGCGCAGCCUCCGUAGUGUCUUCUGACCCAGUGACAGCAAAGCUGGUUCUGUGCUGUGUUUGCCUGAUGCCUGUCUUAGAAGAAUAGCUUUUAUGGUUGGGACGUUCCUGGCCUCAUCAGACUUCCUGGGUCCAAGUGGGCUACAUUUAUAUGUUGAGCUGUGUCAUGAAAACCAGAGUAGAUGGUGUAGCAGGUUUGCAACAAAUGAGACGUGUUAUUUGGAGCCAGUGUGUGCGUGGAGCACUGGCCGGGUGCAGCUGCUUGGAAAGAAGACGCUCUCACCAAAGGAGUGUCCUGAUCCGAUUUCUCACAUGACGGUGACCUGUGCAAACCAGGCGAGCACUGCAGUCUUGAUGUUAUGUAAAACCCAGCUUUAAAAAUAUUUAUAUUAAAAGAAAUUAUACGUGACAUUAACAUGCCUACUGAUUAAAAUGAUACUGGUGAAGUGAUAA